AUGACUCCCAUACCUGAGGCGUCAUCACCCUCUUUCCGUCCCACCUACACCUCCGACCAGCUGGCCGAGUAUGUCGCCUGCAUCGCGCCAGACCCGACAUACACGCUGGCGACCCUGGAGGCCGAGAUCAAAGCCGAUCCGUUGGGGGCGCUGGGAAGACUGCAACUCCGCCAGAUGGGGUUCAACCCAUGGGGCAAUGUAGCUCUGCACUAUUCCUGGCACCGCAUCAUCACGCUCGACCCCGAGGCUCUCUUCCACAAGAUCGUGGAGAGGAGACUGGGCGGCUACUGCAUGGAGAACAAUGCCUUCUUUUCCACCGUCUUGAGAUCGCUUGGCUAUCAACUAUAUGUAACUGGCGCGAGGAUCAGUCACGCUUUGGAGGGCAAUGGGAAGAACCCCGACGACUUCGCUGGUUGGCAGCAUGAAGUGAUUCUCGUCACGAUCGAUGGCCGAAAGUAUCUGGUUGACGUUGGCUUCGGCUCUCAAUCUGCCGUCCACCCGCUUCCAUUGAUCAAGGAUGGCGAUCGUGAUCUGGCGUACAAGUCGGUCCCCGGCGCCGAGGUUCGCCUGGUAUACCGGCCCAUCGCAUCGAAUACGGACUCGUCACAAUCGCUCUGGGUGUUGGAGACUCGGAACAAAAGACAUCCGGCUUGGGCCGGCGGAUAUUGCUUUUCGGAACUCGAGUGGUUGCCCUCGGAUUUCGAGAUCAUCAAUUACCGUACAAGUCAAGAUCCUCGGAGUUGGUUCACCCACCGUUUGGUCUUGGUCAAGACUUUGGUCGAUGAAGAAACUCGGACUAAACCCAUUGGUACUAUCAUCUUGACUGGGAACAAGAUAGAGAGACGACUUGGAGAAGAGAGGAAGGAGGUCGUCCUUGAAGCCAAGACGGAAAACGAAAGAAUCAUUGGCUUGAGGACCUGGUUUGGUAUAGUGCUCAUGCCUGAGGAGGAACGGGGUAUUGUGGGCAUGGCGAGUGAGAUCCAGGCUCCCUUCAAUAUAUAG